AUGGCAAACUACCCAGAUAUAGAUCUAAGUGAGGUGCUAGCAGACCUACUGGGGGUUUCGCUAUCUGAGAUCAGCGGCUCACUUGCAGAGUCGCCUCCAAAUGUGAAGGUAAUUCUCUCUCGUCAGCUUGGCGGACGAUCACAGAAACCCGAAAAUUCAGUCAAUUCACCAGAUCGACCAGUGUGCCAGAUCCUUGGAGAGCACGAGUUCCUGAAGGCUAUCAAUACGACAGCGCUGGCGAGGAGAUUGUUCACGCUAGCUCGAGUCUAUGAUGCCGGCCAUAUGGUGAUAUGUAAAUACCUUGCCUCGGCAAAGCGUGGGAAGGCUCAUGAUGCCGACUUGCUAAAUCAACCUUGUCUGGACAUCGGAGCAUUAUCUCAGGGUAUCCUGAAUAGCAGCCAUACAAUCGAAGAUGACAUUGAUGUUUCAUUGAGUGAGAGUCGUCCGGAGGUCCUUUGUGCUACAUGGAGUGCUGUUCCAGUCAUGAGUUUCAGUCACCUACCACGCCUGCACUCAUUGUCCAAUAUCCUCCCAGGAGAACAGUCAGCAAGUCGAGAAUAUGCUGGCGUAGGUGGCGGUGGCGGUUCCGAUGUCAUCAGUGCAAGUCUACUGGGUCAUUUGCUUAGGAGAAGUGGCAAGGAGAUGAACUUGUUGAUCUCGACACGGACUUGGAGGACUGGAUCUCAGGGAGCGAAGGGCAGCAAAAUGGGAGUCAAAAGGGAGAUUCACAAACACGGCGGUCCAGCCUAUUCACAUGGGAAAAUGGUCUCAGGAACCUACCGUGUCACUAAAAAUACCUACAGCGAAGGCCGGGACCUCGAAACUAUACCAAUCGACCACCAUGAGGAUAUAUUCAUCGUCCUCGACCAGGGAGAGGAGAGCAACGACAUCCCAGAGGAUGAGAAGACGGACCUUGCUCUACAGUUCGAGGCAGUACUGGCUGCACGCAGUCGAAUUGACACAGUUGUCAUUGUGGACACAGGGGGUGACGUGUUUGGGGGUAAUUCUCCAGGGUUCAGCACGCCUGACCAAGAUGUACGUGCGCAGCGUGCAGCUGCGAGUCUCUCCCACCUCUAUCGAAAGCUGGUGACAGCGGUCCUCGCGCCUGGGGUGGACGCACCGCUUGAUGCCGAAGCGAAAGCUGAGAAAGCCGGAGGGAUGGUUUAUCAUCCCACUGCAGAGGAACAAGAUUUGCUGCUUGACCUCCUGGUGCGUGAGUACCAAAUGGACGGAUCCAAUCCAUCUCGCUUUGGCAAAACAUCACUCUGUCUGCAGGCAGCCUUGAGAGGAGAGCGUGGCUGGACAUCCUUGAAUCUGCCAAGACAUGUGAUUGAUACUUGGGAUAACCCUUGGAGCAGUUUCACAUUCAUCAGGGAUUGCAUGACUGAUAUCAUCCUCAUGCCACUGACCAGGCUACUACCCUUGAUCGAUGUCUGA